AUGAACGAACAAAGUAAUACCUCUUUAUCAGACCUUCCAUUAUUAACUAUUCCAGUUAUUUUAUCUACUCCUUUUGGUGAUUCUUUUGUUUCUAAUAAACUUGAAAUAAAUAAUUUAUUUGUUGGGAUGUAUAUUAUUGAAUUUGAUAAUGUUAGUGGAGAAAAAAUAGCUUAUAAACAAUUAACACAUCCAAUGAACAGUGCAGUAGAAAAAGAAUUAAUUGGGAUGAUGAUGGGAGCAGAUUAUUAUGGAUAUGCACCAGUUACACUAUUAUUAAAUACUAUCACUAAUUAUCAUGUGAUCAGUAUUCAUUUUACUUGUUACAAUCCAUCAAAUAAAAGAGGAUUUGUUACUACAUGUUGUAUUGCUAUUAUACAAACUAUACCAUUCACUUCUUCUCAAGUUAAUUUACUUACAGAACGGCUUACUCAAUUAUCAUCAAAACUUCAGUCAAUAGCUUUAAAACUUCAUAACACAUCAAUUUCUUAUUCAUCUAUUUUAUCUCUUGAAGAGCUUAUAGACUCAACUGACCCUACACCUUCUUUAUUUAAAAGAGUAGUAUCAGGAUUUUCCUAUAAUUUAUUAUCAACACAUUUUUAUUAUUCAGUAUUAACUGACUUUAUUAAUUUAACCCAUCCAUCUCAUAUUAUUGCAUCAGGUGGUCAUUCUUUAUUCAAUUGGUCAUUUGUCACAUCUAAAACAUUACCAUUUCAUAAUUAUAAAAGUACUAUUUCAUCACUACAAAAACCAUUAACAAAAUCAGGAUCUAUUGAUUCAAAUAUAUCAGAACAUAGUAUUUCUGAAAAUUCUCUAAAUCCACCUUUCCCUCCAUGUUCUUUUUUAGGAAAUACUCCAGAACCAAAUGACUUUGAUUAUCAAAAAUUAGUUAAUAAUUACUCGUCUUGUUUCCCAAACAUUUUAUUUUCUUUAUUAUCAGGUCUUCAAUGCAUUGUUUAUUCAAGUGAAAAAUAUGACAUUUCCAAAUUAAUUGCUAUUGCUAAAUUUUUCUCUUCAUUAUGCAUUGGUGGUGUUUCAUCACAAACAUCUCCAAAUAUACAAAUUGUUGAUAGACAAGAAGCUUUACUUCCUUUACAACUUCGGUUUAUUCAAAUAUUUGUUAUUUGUGAACCUACACUUUCAUUAGAAUCACCAUUACAUAAUUUAUGUUAUCUUGAUGUCUCAAAAGGAUUUCAUGGAUUAAAAUAUGGUGAUGAUAUGAAGAAUUCUUUAUUAGAUUCUUUUGUUAAAUAUGCCCUUAAUAAAAAAAGGUUUCUUGCUCAAAAAAUGUGGAAUGUAAUGGUGGAAUAUAGUCAACUUACUAUGAGAUGUUUUAUUUAUCCAGAACUUCAUCAAAAAAUUAUGAAUACAUCUGAAAGAUUCAUCAUAGCUGUUUACUUGAGGAGGAAUUAA